AAUGAAAAGCCAAGCACUGAUUUCAUUGAUUGACUGACAUACGCGGAACGGACUCUGUUGACGGGAGGCGCCUGCACCUUCCACAGCCAACGGCGCAGAAGACUGGACAAUUACUAACCUUGGGAAGGUACCUCCUGUAUCUGGAAAGAAACACAACCUCCACUUCUCCUACUUUACUUCCUCCUCUCCCCUACCUCCCGUCUCUAUCCCUUUCCUCUCCUUCAUCCUCAUACCACUCCUAGUCGCAAGGAGUACCACUGGUUGUGAGAAACUCAACAACCAGACACAACAAUCUCGCUUGAUUGCGAGCUCGAACUCGACUUGCGGCGUGGUUCAUCCCAACGACUGGACUGUUUCGAUUCCUUGUCGUCGCAUAUCACCGCCCUCAACAAAAUGGAGGUCGUCAACGCUACCUCCAGCGGCUUCUCGUCCGUUCUGGCCGGCACCAAAUACGCCAAUGUCGCUCUUCCUCCCCAGGUCGAAUAUGUUAUCGAAGCUGUUUCUAACGCCGGCGUCUGGACUUGGGUAUUCACUUUCAUCGCUCUUUGCGUUGCCUAUGAUCAGAUUGCCUACAUCAUCAGGAAAGGUCCUAUUGAGGGACCGGCCAUGAAGCUUCCCUUCAUCGGCCCAUUUCUCGACUCCAUGGAUCCUCGAUUCGACGGUUAUCAUGCCAAGUGGAGCAGCGGCCCCCUGAGCUGUGUUUCUAUCUUCCACAAGUUCGUCGUUAUUGCUUCCACUCGUGACAUGGCUCGCAAGGUUUUCAACUCACCCGCCUAUGUCAAGCCCACUGUUGUCGACGUUGCCCCUAAGCUUCUUGGACACGACAACUGGGUAUUCCUCGACGGAAAGGCCCACGUUGAUUUCCGCAAGGGUCUUAACGGUCUCUUCACCCGCAAGGCCCUCGAGAGCUAUCUGCCUGGUCAGGAGGAGGCUUACAACACUUACUUCAAGCAUUUCCUCAAGAUGACUAAGGAUGCCGGCGGCAAGCCUGUCCCUUUCAUGCACGAGUUCCGCGAGGUCAUGUGUGCUGUCUCUUGCCGUACCUUUGUUGGUCACUACAUCUCCGACGAGGCUGUCACCAAGAUCGCUGAGGAUUACUAUCUCAUCACCGCUGCUCUCGAGCUUGUCAAUCUCCCCGUUAUCCUUCCUUAUACCAAGUCUUGGUAUGGCAAGAAGGCCGCUGAUAUGGUUCUGGCCGAGUUCUCCAAGUGUGCCGCCAAGAGCAAGGUUCGCAUGGCCGCUGGUGGUGAAGUCACCUGCAUCAUGGACGCCUGGGUUCUGUCAAUGAUCCAGUCUGAGCGCUGGCGUGAGGCCGAGGAAAAGGGCGAGGGACACACCGUCGAGAAGCCCACUCCUCUUCUCCGCAUGUUCAACGAUUACGAAAUCUCCCAGACUAUCUUCACCUUCCUCUUCGCUUCUCAGGAUGCCACCAGCAGCGCCGCUACUUGGCUCUUCCAGGUUACCGCCCAGCGACCCGAUGUCCUCGACCGUGUCCGAGAGGAGAACAUCAAGGUCCGCAACGGUGACCCUAACGCGCCUAUCACCAUGGAUCAGCUCGAAUCUCUUACUUACACUCGCGCUGUUGUCCGAGAGCUUCUCCGAUGGCGCCCUCCUGUCAUCAUGGUUCCCUACGUCACCAAGAAGGCCUUCCCCCUGACCGAGAACUACACCGUUCCCAAGGGCUCAAUGUUGAUCCCCACCACUUUCAUGGCUCUCCACGAUCCCGAGGUCUAUGACAACCCCAGCCACUUCGACCCCGAACGAUACUACAGCGGCGAUGCUGAGGAGAAGGGUUCCAAGAACUACUUAGUAUUUGGUACCGGACCUCACUACUGCCUUGGACAGGUGUACGCUCAGCUGAACCUGGCUCUCAUGAUCGGAAAGGCUUCAGUCAUGCUUGACUGGAAGCACCACGCAACCCCUAAGUCUGAGGAGAUCAAGGUCUUUGCCACCAUCUUCCCCAUGGACGACUGCCCUCUCACCUUCGAGGAGAGGAAGUGGUAAACGGUGCGCAGGAACUUGGUCGACACUAAGUUCAAUACGGACCGUUCGACACGGUUCCGGUAUCCCUGAUGCACAGUGGCAGCGCGGCUGCAGCCCAAGUGUAUCUGAUGAGGGAGGCCGAAAGAAUGAUCGAGGAAGAUGGCUGUGAACGGCUUAAGCUUCCAAUGAAGAUAAAAUAAGAGAUCAACUGUUGGCAUAUGAUUAGCUACAGGAAAAUUCUCUGGAGAUGAAGCUUGAAGAGCCAAAAAAAAAAAAAGACAGCUCAAUGUGGACGAAAAGAACAAUCAUGAUGGAUAUCAGUUUUAAUACCUAUUCUCGGUGUAUAUAGUUGGCUGCCCGAGGGCAUUUGGGACCGCAAGGUCAUAGAGAUGAUUGCCAUGAUUGGAACUGGCAUUUGGACAGCGAAUAGCAAAAGAUUUCAAAAACAGAUCAGAUGACGGAGUUGAGUGAAGUGACUUG